ACUUCGAAAACCUGAUCAAAACUCGACAUUUUAAAUUUUUCAAAGUCACAUAUAUAUGUAUGUAAAUAUUCGAGCACAACAAAGAUAAUUCCUGCUGAAUAAAAUUUUCAUUGAUUGAUGCCUUUUUGACAAUUCCGCUUAGCAGCAACUACUAUGACGCAGCAUUAAAUACACGACAAAUUCUUGACCAUAUCACCAAGAGUUCGAGAUGCGGUUUGCUAUUUUCAUAGUUCUAUUAGUUAACUCUCAACUUCUUAUCGCGCAGGGUUUCGAAAACAAUCGUCUACAGAAACAGCACAGAAAGAUGAAGCGCAUGUUGCCGCACAUGUACGCACAGUUCGGUGAAGAAUCUAUGCAAAGUGGUGGUGGCACUGGGGAUGGGCAACGCGAUGGUGGCGUUCCAGGCGCCGGAAAUGAAGGCGAAUGUAAGCAAAAUGCCAUGCUGGCCGGAAAUGCCAAGCAAAAAGCAACAAGCAUUGCGCAGAAGGCAGCCCAGGAAGCCAAAGCUGCAUCCGACGCCCAACAGGCGGCUGGCGAGGCAGCUUCUUUGCAAGUUAAGGCGCAAUUGGCCGAGAAAGCUAUGCAAGCCGCCAAAGCAGCGGAAGCUGCACUCGCUGGCAAACAACAAAUCGUGCAACAAUUGCAACAGGAAGUUCGCGAAGCGGAGGCUGUGGUACAAGAGGAGAGUAGCUCACUGCAAAAUGCGCAACAAAAUGUUAAUGCAGCGGUGAAUUCGGCUCAACAAGCACAAUCGCAGUUGAAGACCUUAACGAAGGCUGUGCAGACAGCGCAGUCGAAUGUGGGCAAUGCUGAGCAGGCAGCUAGUGGCGCACAACAAGAGCUGGCUGAGAAAACACAGCUGGUAGAAGCGGCUAAGAUGCGUGUCGAACAGCUGUUGCGCCAACUAAGCUCGGCGCGACAGGACUUUAAUAAGACCAAAGAUGCAGCGAUGAGGGCGGCCGCUGCCGCACACGAAGCCAAGGUGAAUGCAUCACCGAGUGGUCGUUGUCGUCGUAUGAUGCGUAUGCCACGUAAGCGUCAUGCUGUUGCGCCGCCGAGUAAGCAGUGAGGCGGUAAUCUGCAUAUUUGUUAAAAGUUUAUUUCUGAUUUGUUUUUGUAAUAUGGUGGUCUAUGAAUGAGUUGAUAUAUAUGUACAUAUAUUAGUGUACGUAUGUAUUUAUGUAUGUAUAUUUUUGUUAAAUUACCGAGAACACCGAGAAUUCUAACCAAAACUGGUAUUUUAUUUAAACUUCGAUUGCAGUG